UUGACAGCCACUGUUUUCGUUGUACGACGACAGCAGACAGACAUCAGUAGGAAGAAAAAGUGAAAAAUCGAAACCCACAAACUGUUCCGGGACUGUUGAAAGUUGCACCACUUUAGUUGAGUGAAUUAUUAGUUCAGUUUCAAGAAUUUUCCAUUCGGAUCCGGAUGCACUAAGCAAUUGCGUGGAGCGGGAAUAGUUAUGUCAUCGGCACCAUUAGUAGCCGUGUUGGCGGCGCUGUUUCUUUUGUUUACGGAUUUCUCCGAAGGUCGAAGGCACCACCUGGAAGUGCGGGAUGACGUCCGUCGUUACAUUCCGUUGAGCACUUUUGGAUUCUACUCGGGGGGAGUGCUGGAUGUGAAGGUUUCUGGGUUUCGCGUAAUACCGGGCUCCGAGGAUAAUGUCUUUGGUCUCUCCUUGGAUAGAACGCUAUCGGAUGCGAUGAAUCCUUACUUGGACACCCACCAGGAGAAUUGCAUCCUGAAGGAGCCCAUCAGUUCGCUGCGCAGUGGACCGAUUGUCUUUUUCAGCAUGGAUCUUAAGCGUGAAGUUGUCCAUUUGAACUGUUCCAGUGAAUGGCAGAACGUUCACAUCUAUAAGGACCGCAAGCAGAUUCCUGCGCUUCGCUCGAAGCGCCAAUCUUUCGCCAAGGUUAGCGACUCAAAAUCUAUGUAUAUGCAGCGACGCAAACGGGAUGUAAUGGAUCCAGCAUCCUCUCUGCAAACGUCGGUGUGUCACAGUUUCAAUCUCACGCUGAAUUGCAAGAAAAUGGAACGUUUUAAGUAUUGCUGGUUUAACUUCGUUGUUUACGUAGCCAGUAAGCCCGAGGAAGGCUUGUACAAUCUGUACUUCCAUAGCUGUCCAAACUACAAUCUGAACAACCUGUACGCGCUGGAGUUUGAUGUUACGAUCGAGGAGAACAACAGUGGAAACUUUCUGUCGGCCGGCGAAAUGCCCCUACCGGCGCUGUAUUUCAUGAUGUCGCUUUUGUUCUUUCUGUCCGGUUUGUUUUGGGUGUUCAUUCUGCGUAAGAGCAAACAUCCGGUGUUCAAGAUUCAUUAUUUAAUGGCGGUAUUGGUGUUCUUGAAAUCACUCUCACUAAUGUUUCACGCGAUCAAUUAUCACUUCAUUGAGACGCAGGGUGAACACGUAGAGGCGUGGGCGAUUCUUUAUUACGUUACUCAUUUGUUAAAGGGAGCUGUUUUGUUUAUUACUAUCGUUCUUAUCGGCACCGGGUGGACCUUCAUCAAGCACAUUCUGGCGGACAAAGACAAGAAGCUGUUCAUGAUAGUGAUUCCCCUGCAGGUGCUGGCUAACGUGGCGGAGAUUAUUAUUGCCGAGAGCGAAGAGGGCGACAAGGAGCACAGCACCUGGCGGGAUAUCUUUAUCCUGGUCGAUUUGCUCUGCUGUGGAGCGAUUCUGUUCCCAGUGGUUUGGUCCAUCCGGCAUCUACAGGAAGCAGCGGGAACCGACGGCAAGGCGGCUAUUAAUCUGAGGAAGUUGAAACUUUUUCGUCAGUUUUACAUUAUGAUCGUGUGCUACAUUUACUUCACUCGGAUUAUCGUUUAUUUGCUGAAGAUCACCGUUGCAUUCCAGUACGCCUGGCUCGAUGAGAUGUUCAAGGAGAUGGCAACGUAUGUAUUCUUCGUUCUAACGGGAUACAAAUUCCGUCCGGUAUCGCAAAAUCCCUAUUUUUCGGUGCAUGACAACGACGAUGAUGACGACGAGGAGGAAAUUCUCACACAAACGGGCCUGACGGAGGGACUCAGCAAGGUGACUAACCGCUCGCAGCCGCCAGCCACGAUGGUGCACGAAUCGAACGAGGACGAACGGGAGAACUUGAUUAGCAAGCGCGAGUCGUCCCACGAGUAUGAUUAGACUAUAUGACAGCUUAUUUUACGACUAGUGGUAAUCCAAACUCUGUAGCCGAUAGAACUUUAUCGUACAUUUUACGGUGUUGCCGAGCGCACACCGGAGGACUGCAACGAUUGAAGUACUUUUGUGAAUGAACAUUCUUAGAGCGCGCUGUUAUUGUAUUACUAUCUAACUUUAAGAUGUUUUCGUCAUAAAAAAAAUCGAUCAGCAUCGAAAAUGACGGCAGAUUUCAUCUGGAAAUCUGAAGCAGUUUACCGGAAAUGUCUGCUGUUUUCUUAAAUUGAAAACUUUCAGACAUUUUUGCUGCAUACUCCCGGCAUUUUUGAACAACAAAUAAUUGCUUCUUCGUCUGUGAUGUUAUCAGUUGGUUGUGUUAUGUGGCAAUUUUUAUUCUUUUCUGAUAUUUAACCAAAUACUUUAGAUACAUUCGAGGCUAACUGCCGUUCCAUUGUGUUUUCAAUUAUACUAAAAUUACUCUAUACUAAACGCGGAUGCUUUUGUAACUAUUCAACAAACUACUAACAGAUUUGUCUUCGCAGUGUUAAUUCCGAGCGGUUCUUCCUUAUUUUCGUUGACAGCAAAUAAUGAACCAAUUCGAUUAGGUAUAUAGUAUGCGACCAAGCAAAAAAGCAAACGAGCAAGCAUAAUUGAGAUAGAAUUUUGGAUAAUAUAUUAUUAUUGAUAUAUACGCCGUGUAUAGCCCAAGCAACCAAAACUCAACCAAUACACCUAGCUUUUAGAAUUAAUGUUUUCUAAGGAAGUGCAGAGAUGAGAAACUAAUCACUCGAGGUAUCUUUUCUUCAUAAGCAUUAUUAGAUAGCGUGCCCGCUCUCCGUGUCAAUGAAAGUAAGCCAUUUUCGACCACACAAGAGUUGAUUGAUUACGGUUGGAAUCAGUACCUGUUCUGAUUCGACUUUAAUUACCAAUUAUAUUUAGUGGGUGUAUAAAGUUUAUUGCAUUUCACUAGCA